CCAUUUUGGCUCAAGCCACUGUUCACGGCCCUGACCACGCGGCGAAGUUAUCGUUGCAUUCAAAACAGUGGAAUGUGGCUUUCCAGUGAUGGCACCUUCAAAUCUUGGUUGAAGCGGGUAAAAGGUGAUCAUUCUCAGUGGAAGUGGCUGCAACGCACUACAUCACGGUACUACACGGUCGACUUCAAAACGCAGAAGUUCUAUUAUUCCCAGGACCAAGCUCAGAAGAAUAUUUCGCAGCCAGUGCCAUUUCAUGAUUUGAAGGGUGCUGAGUUGCUGAAAGGUCGAGGACAAGGCAAACAGGGCGAUUGUGGUUUUCUAGUCCACACCUUUGCCCGCACAUACGAGCUCUACGCAGCCUCAGAAGCGCUUGCCGAGCGGUGGGUCGAGUCCCUGAAUGCCGCCACAAACCUGGCAUCGAGGGACCACUACGCAGAGGCAUACUGCCUACCAGACAGAGCGGCAAGUGGCUGGACCCUGGAUCCGCAGAGCCGUGUGGGUGCCUGGCAGCUGGCAGGCGCAAGCCCGAGCCCGACAAGAAGUGGCGGGCUCGGAUACGUGUUUGACGAGGCGGGUGACGAUUCCGAGGCCAGGUGCCGUGAGGCACUCUACCAGAUCCCCAAUGAUGUUCGCAGCGCUGCAGCCGAGCGGGAACCGCGGUGGGCUCAGUUGAGCUGGAGUGAGCGCCUCUCGGCCGUGCAGAGCUUCGCUGGAGGAACGGGCCAUGGGAUUGCCUACCCGACCGCUGCCCAGACCUCUUCGCCACAGUCCGACGGCCUACGCCACCGUCGCCGCUUGGCGCCAUCCUGCCCGUGGUCACCUUUCGAGGAGGAGCGCCUCAGCUCAGCAGCACUCUCUGCGGUUCCACUCGCAAGCCAUGCCGGUGCAGCGCAUGCUGGCACAACGGGUGCCCUGCUGAGCAGCCGUCCUGGCAGCGAAGCGUGGGACGCAGCGAUGUUUGCAACCCCGCGCGAGGUACCGCUCGAGGUCGACGCCGCCCGCGCCAGGCCGGAGGUACAGGAGCAGUGCCGCGCUGCGCUCCUCACGAUGCCUUGUUCAAUCAGAAGCGCUGCAGCCCUGGAGCACGAAGAGGCCUGGCCACGAUUCACGUGGGCCGAGCGGUUCUCGGCCGUCCGCAGCUACUGCUUGCAGCACGGCUUCGAGUGCGAGGACGUCCUCGGGGCACCAGCAGCUCUGCGGCAGCAGCCCGUGGCAGCACUUCGUGACGGGCGCGAUGCAGCAGGAGCGCGACAGGUCGCGCCGUGCUCAGAGAGCCAGCGACUGCAGGCCAUCUUCGCCUACAGCGACUCCCUGCAGAUGCUCGUUGGUCACCACGUGGAGGCGCUAGGACGGGCAGUCAUCGAUGGCAUGCAGCAGAGAGCCGUGAGGGAUGGCGAGGUGGUAAUACAGCAGGGCAAGGAGAACACCCACAUGUACAUCGUCAACGAAGGUUCCUUCGAUGUCCUCAUCCGCUAUGGCGAGGGCCCCGCUGUGAAGGUCUGCCAGUAUGGUCCAGGCAUGGUCUUCGGCGAGCACGCUAUGCUCAGUAACGCCCCACGAGCUGCUACUGUCGUCGCCACAUCGUCCAGCAAGCUUUGGACUCUUGAGCGGGAAGCCUUCCGUGCUAUCGUCAGGGCUCCAGAGGAGUCCAAGACUAUCGGUUUUCUUGGAGGGGUAAUGUUGCUUAUCAAUAACCUUGCUGGGCCUACUAUUGUAUCCAUGCCAGCGCUUGCGCAAGAAGCAGGAUGGCUCUCCGUUGCCCUGGUACAGGGCAUUGUGGCAAUUGUCGCAUGCGCUUGCGGCUACAUGUUGCUUGGGGCAAUGAGGAGAAUGCCAGGAAACAGCAAUUUCGAACAGCGCAUAGAGUUUACAAAUGUGGCAAUGUUUUACUUGCCGCACAAGACAUACUUGUUUGUGAUGUUGUGUUACCAUGCGAACUCAAUAUUGUCGCUAAUGUCGCUCAUCAUCCAGUCAGGCCAGGUUAUCGAUUACUUGAUCCUCAACUUCAACGGCUGUUCUCCAGGGAUCACUUUUGAUGAGAGUGGAGGGCUGAGCUAUGUCUGCGGUACUCGGACUGACUCUGUAACCCCUUUUGGCGACAGGACGGUGAUGUCCAGUGCUAUGGUCAUCGUUGGUGUGAUUUGCGCCCCGUUUGCCGUGAAGAAUCUAGAUGACAAUGUGGCUCUCCAGUAUCUUGCAAUCCUCGGGCUGAGUGUCAUGAGUGUCGUCUGGGUUGCGAUUCUUGUGUCCGAGCCCGACUUUCCCACACUCCUGCCGGCAAUGACUACCAUGCAGGGGGGGUUGAUAGGAACCGUUCUUUUCAACUUCGCGUUUACAAGUGCAUUGCCUUCGUGGGUUAAUGAGAAGCGCCCUGAGGUGUCGGUCUUCGCCAGCUUUGCGCUGACCAUGGGAUAUGUCCUUGUGGUUUACACUGUCAUUGGUAUCGUAGGCGGCAUGGCUUACAAGCCGUUCUACACGACGGAUGAGAACUUGUUCAGCAAGUUGAAUGCAGGCGGCUCGAAGCUGGGACGAGUGACCGUGACGGCAUAUCCGAUGCUACAGAAUUUCACUUCGAUUCCGGUAUUUUCCAUUUUGAUUCGUUACAAUUUGGUCCAGUCAGGACUCUCUGAUGGAAUGGCAACGUUUAUCGCUGUAGUGGUGCCUUGGAUAUUGAGCAUCGCCUUCUACACUGGUUCUGGUUUCAAUUCCAUCUCAGAGAUUGGUGGUCUUGCAACCUCUUCGGUGAUCAAUUUCAUUGUGCCUGCGGCUUUAUAUGCUUCAGCAAGACGGUGCGCAUCCGAAAUUCAACAGUGA